AAAAAAGCACAAAAAUAUAAAGAAUUUUAAAAUAAAUAAAUAAUAAUAAAGCCGCCGCCCAAACCCCGGCGCUGCAGUGGGCUGUGGACCGGCUCAACCACCCAAUCCGCUCAUCCUUUCUUUCCUCCACCCCCUUUUUCUAUUUUUCCUUUUCCUUUUAUUUAUUUUAAAUAAAAAUAAAAACAAAAAUAAAAAGCUAAUUCCCAAUCAUGGUGCGCAUUUUAAGCACACGGCGCACAUUAGCCUCCCCCACCACCACCUCCUCACCGCUAGAUCCCCAAUUCAGCCGCAUCCUUUCAAGUCCCUUUAUAUCUCCCCCAACCACCCAAUUCGAAACCCUAAUUUUUCAAAAAUGGCUAACCCAAAUCACCCCCAAAACCUAGCCAUAAUCGAACCAUUCGCACCACCAAAACCAGUCUCAUCUCGCCGCCUGCCACCGCCAUGUUGGUCACCUGAAGAAACCGUCGCUUUAAUUGAAGCUUAUCGUGAAAAAUGGUAUUCUCUUAGGCGAGGUAACCUACGCGCCACCCACUGGCAAGAAGUUGCUGACGGUGUUGCUGCCACGUGUCCUGUUGGUAACCCGAAAACAUCGAUUCAGUGUAGACAUAAGAUGGAAAAGUUAAGAAAAAGAUAUCGGGCUGAAAUUCAAAGAAUUGGGAAUAACCCGAAUGGGAGACGGUUUCCUCCGCCUUCUGGGUGGGUUCAUUUUAGGUUAAUGGAUGAUAUGGAGUUAGGGUUUGGUGUCGGGUCGGGUUCGGGUGGGUCGGGUAAUGGAUAUCGAGAGGACGAGGAAGAGGGGGAGGAAGAGGAUGAUGAGGAAUUGGGUUUUUAUCCGAAAAGCCUUGUUAAACAAGGGAUUCCGAUAAGUAGACGGUUUCAAGGGAAUGGGGUUAGGAUUAGGUUACCGAAUGUGGGUAAUACGAAUACGGUGUAUGAUGAUUACCCGCCUAAUAUGAAUCCGAAUUACGGGUUGGGUAAAGGGAUGAGAGGAGACGGGUAUUUGAAGGAAAGUGAAAAGGGACAGAACGUCGUUGGGAGUUUGAUGAAAAGGAAGAAGAUUGAGGAUGUGAAAAGUGACGAUAGUGGUGGUGAGGUGAUAAGUGAAAUGGUGGGGGCGAUAAAUAAAUUGGCGGACGGGUUUGUGAGAAUGGAACAGAUGAAGAUGGAGAUGGCCAAGGAGUUUGAGUCUAUGAGAAUGAAAAUGGAGAUGAAACGAACCGAGAUGGUACUUGAGUCGCAACAGAAGAUAUGGGGAUCGUUUAUGGAAACGUUUAAGGAAAAGAAGGAUGAUGGGAAGAAAGUAAAGAGAAUGCCUACGCCGGAAUCUUGAAAAAUGGUUAUGUGUUCUUGUUAUUUUUUUUUUUUUCAUAUUUUGAUUCUGAUUUGUAGUUUUGUUGUUAAUAAUAUGUGAUCUAGUGGUAGUGAAUUAGUAGUAGUAGUUCGGAACUUUCAAAGUUAUGUGCAAUGGAAAUUGUAGGUUAUUUUGAGGAACCUAACUUAGUACUUGCUCCGGCACAAGAUUUAUAAUCAUACCUAGGCGUUAUGUGUA